AUGCCCGGCCCAGUGGACACCACAAAGUCCAUCGACGCCAAGAAGCGCAAGAGAAAGCACGCUGCUAAGCCUACCGCCGACAGUGAAGAUGUUCCCAAGCCUGUUGAGACCAAGUCAAUUAAGAAGACUGCCAAGGCCGCUGUUUCCCCCAAGCCUGCGACCGAGAAGACAACUAAAAAGCGCAAAGUGAGCCACUCCGCUAGCGAGGACGAGAGCGGUGACGAGGCCGAGGAAGUCGAGGAAGUCGAGGAGCAGGAAGAGGACAACGAGGCAGACGAGGCCGAGGAGAAGGACAAUGUUGCGGAUCUCCCCACCAUGGGCGAAGUCAGCCUUCCCCAGACUGAGGGCCAGCUGCAGAAGUUUACUGAGCUGAACCUCUCGGAGAAGACCAUGCAAGGAAUCAAGGAUAUGGGCUUCGAGACCAUGACUGAGAUCCAGCAGCGCACAAUCCCACCGCUGCUCGCCGGUCGCGAUGUUCUCGGUGCUGCGAAGACUGGAUCCGGCAAGACUCUCUCUUUCCUGAUCCCGGCGGUCGAGAUGCUCAGCGCUCUGCGCUUCAAGCCCAGAAACGGUACCGGUGUUCUUGUUAUUUCUCCCACCCGUGAACUGGCUCUACAGAUCUUUGGUGUUGCUCGCGAACUCAUGGCCCACCACUCUCAGACCUACGGUAUCGUUAUUGGCGGUGCCAACCGUCGUGCCGAAGCCGAUAAGCUUGCCAAGGGUGUCAAUCUGCUCAUUGCUACCCCGGGUCGUCUGCUUGAUCACCUCCAGAACACUCAAGGCUUCAUUUUCAAGAACCUGAAGACUCUUGUUAUUGACGAGGCUGACCGUAUCCUUGAAGUCGGUUUCGAGGACGAAAUGCGCCAGAUCAUCAAGAUCCUGCCCGCGGAGGAGCGUCAAACCAUGCUUUUCUCCGCCACCCAAACCACCAAGGUCGAGGAUUUGGCCCGCAUCUCCCUGCGCCCUGGCCCAUUGUACAUUAAUGUUGAUCACCGCAAGGAGCACAGUACCGUGGAGGGUCUGGAACAAGGAUACGUGAUCUGUGAGGCGGAUCGACGCUUCCUGCUCCUGUUCUCCUUCCUCAAGCGCAACCUCAAAAAGAAGAUUAUUGUGUUUUUCUCAAGCUGCAACUGUGUGAAGUACCAUGCUGAGCUUCUGAACUACAUUGAUUUGCCCGUACUUGAGCUGCAUGGCAAGCAGAAGCAGCAAAAACGAACCAACACGUUCUUCGAGUUUUGUAACGCCACCCAGGGUACCUUGAUCUGUACUGACGUUGCUGCUCGUGGCCUUGAUAUUCCUGCUGUCGACUGGAUCAUUCAGUUCGAUCCCCCAGAUGACCCACGUGACUACAUCCACCGUGUCGGACGAACUGCUCGUGGUGCCAACGGUAAGGGACGCAGUCUGAUGUUCUUGCAGCCAUCCGAGGUUGGCUUCCUCAAACACCUCAAGGAAGCUCGUGUGCCGGUGGUUGAGUUCGAAUUCCCUUCCUCCAAAAUUGUCAAUGUCCAAAGUCAACUUGAGAAGUUGAUUUCACAAAAUUACUACCUCAAUAAGUCUGCCAAGGAAGGAUACCGAUCGUACCUCCAGGCAUACGCCUCUCAUUCUCUUCGCUCCGUGUUCGAUGUGCACAAGCUGGACCUGGUGAAGGUUGCCAAGGGCUUUGGCUUCAACGCCCCCCCACGGAUUGAUAUCCAGCUGGGUGCUAGCAUGACCCGCGACAAGAGACAGGAGCAGCAGGGUCGCCGCACGUAUGGCAGCCAGCCCAAGGGGUCGAAGUUCAAGCGGAAGCACGAGGAUUAA